AUGGCAGGGCUGUUGAGAAGAGUGAAGGAGAAGCAGCAGCUGGUGCGGAGCCAGGCCCACGAUCCGGAGCGGAGCAGCCCCCCCAUGCUGUCUGCGGAUGAUGCCGAAUACCCGCGGGAGUACCGGACCCUGGGGGGCGGGGGCGGCGCGGGCAGCGGGGGCCGGCGCUUCUCCAACGUGGGGCUGGUGCACACGUCGGAGCGACGGCACACGGUGAUCGCCGCCCAGAGCCUGGAGGCGCUCAGCGGGCUCCAGAAGGCGGAUGCCGACCGCAAGCGCGAUGCCUUCAUGGACCACCUGAAGAGCAAGUACCCCCAGCACGCCCUGGCCCUGCGGGGUCAGCAGGACAGGAUGCGAGAGCAGGUUGGCGGCUGGACCGUGGACCCCGUGUGCCUCCUCAGCUCCCUCUGCUCCCACCUCCAUGGCGACUCCGCCCCCUCCGGGGCUGGCCAGCCGGCCCAGCAGCCCAACUACUGGAGUUUCAAGACCCGCAGCUCGCGCCACACUCAGGGAGCCCAGCCCGGGCUGGCAGACCAGGCUGCCAAGCUGUCAUACGCCUCUGCGGAGUCCCUGGAGACCAUGUCGGAGGCCGAGCUGCCCCUGGGCUUCAGUAGGAUGAACCGCUUCCGACAAAGCCUGCCCCUUUCCCGCUCCGCCAGCCAGACCAAGCUGCGCUCGCCAGGGGUGCUGUUCCUGCAGUUCGGGGAGGAGACUCGGCGCGUGCACAUCACGCACGAGGUCAGCAGCCUGGACACGCUGCACGCACUCAUCGCGCACAUGUUCCCGCAGAAGCUCACCAUGGGCAUGCUUAAGUCGCCCAACACCGCCAUCCUCAUCAAAGACGAGGCUCGCAACGUCUUCUACGAGCUGGAGGACGUCCGGGACAUCCAGGACCGCAGUAUUAUCAAGAUCUAUAGGAAGGAGCCACUCUACGCCGCUUUCCCUGGCUCACACCUCACCAACGGGGACCUCCGGAGAGAGAUGGUGUAUGCGUCGCGGGAGUCGUCGCCCACGAGGCGCCUCAACAACCUGUCGCCGGCGCCGCACCUGGCGUCCGGCUCGCCUCCGCCGGGGUUGCCGUCCGGGCUGCCAUCCGGGCUGCCAUCCGGUUCACCGUCGCGCUCGCGCCUCUCGUACGCCGGGGGGCGCCCGCCCUCCUACGCCGGCAGCCCGGUGCACCACGCGGCCGAGCGGCUGGGGGGCGCCCCCGCCGCCCCGGGCGUCAGCCCCAGCCCCAGCGCCAUCCUGGAGCGGCGCGACGUGAAGCCGGACGAGGACCUGGCGGGCAAGGCGGGCGGCAUGGUGCUGGUGAAGGGCGAGGGCCUUUACGCCGACCCCUACGGGCUGCUGCACGAGGGCCGCCUGAGCCUGGCCACGGCCGCCGGCGACCCGUUCGCCUACCCGGGGGCGGGCGGCCUCUACAAGCGCGGCUCGGUGCGCUCGCUCAGCACCUACUCGGCCGCCGCGCUGCAGUCCGACCUGGAGGACUCUCUGUACAAGGCGGCGGGCGGCGGCCCGCUCUACGGCGACGGCUACGGCUUCCGCCUGCCGCCCUCGUCGCCGCAGAAGCUGGCCGACGUGGCGGCGCCGCCCGGAGGCCCCCCGCCGCCGCACAGCCCCUACUCGGGGCCGCCCAGCCGCGGCUCGCCGGUGCGCCAGUCCUUCCGCAAAGACUCUGGCUCCUCGUCGGUCUUCGCAGAGAGCCCCGGAGGCAAGACCCGCAGCACCGGGGGCUCCUCGACGGCCGGAGCCCCCCCUGCCGAGCUCUUCCCCGGGCCUGGGGAGCGCCCGCUCGUUGGGUUCGGGCCGCCUGGGCCAGUCAAGGACACGGAGACCAGGGAGCGCAUGGAGGCCAUGGAGAAGCAGAUUGCCAGCCUCACAGGCCUGGUGCAGAGUGCCCUACUGCGAGGCUCGGAGCCUGAGACCCCCAGUGAGAAGAUUGAAGGCUCCAAUGGAGCAGCCACCCCCUCAGCACCCUGUGGGUCAGGCGGCCGGAGCAGCGGGGCCACCCCAGUGUCCGGCCCUCCCCCGCCUCCGGCCAGCAGCACCCCUGCGGGGCAGCCCACUGCCAUCAGCCGUUUGCAGAUGCAGCUGCACCUGCGUGGCCUGCAAAACAGCACCAAUGACCUGCGUGGCCAGCUUCAGCAAUUGCGGAAGCUCCAGCUCCAGAACCUGGAGUCGUUGCGUGCGCUGCUGAAGGGCACGGAGGCGGAGCUGAGCAUGCGCGUGUCGGAGGCGGCGCGGCGGCAGGAGGACCCGCUGCAGCGGCAGCGCACCCUGGUGGAGGAGGAGCGGCUGCGCUACCUCAACGACGAGGAGCUCAUUACCCAGCAGCUCAAUGACCUGGAGAAGUCGGUAGAGAAGAUCCAGAGGGACGUGUCUCAGAACCACCGGCUGGUGCCUGGGCCUGAGCUGGAGGAGAAGGCACUGGUGCUGAAGCAGCUCGGGGAGACACUGACUGAGCUCAAGGCUCAUUUUCCAGGCCUGCAGAGUAAGAUGCGGGUAGUGCUGCGCGUGGAGGUGGAGGCCGUGAAGUUCCUGAAGGAGGAGCCACAGCGCCUGGACGGGCUGCUCAAGCGCUGCCGUGGGGUCACAGACACGCUGGCCCAGAUCCGAAGGCAAUUGGACGAGGGUGUGUGGCCACCCCCCAACAACCUCCUGAGUCAGUCCCCCAAGAAGGUGACGGCCGAGACUGACUUCAACAAGAGCUUAGACUUCGAAAUGCCACCACCCAGCCCUCCGCUGAACCUCCAUGAGCUGAGUGGGCCAGCAGAGGGAGCCGCUCCUACCCCCAAGGGGGGCAACCCCACCAAAGGCCUGGACACUCCUGGCAAGAGAAGCGUGGACAAGGCUGUGUCUGUUGAGGCUGCUGAGCGGGACUGGGAGGAGAAGCGGGCAGCGCUGACCCAGUACAGUGCCAAGGACAUUAACCGGCUGCUGGAAGAGACACAGGCAGAGCUGCUGAAGGCCAUCCCUGACCUGGACUAUGCGAGCAAGGCCCACCCAGGCCCGGCCCCCACCCCUGACCACAAGCCCCCCAAGGUCCCCCACGGUCAGAAGGCAGCCCCCCGAACGGAACCCAGUGGGAGGAGGGGCUCAGAUGAGCUGACAGUGCCCCGAUACCGCACGGAGAAGCCCUCCAAGUCACCCCCGCCUCCCCCUCCCCGCCGGAGCUUCCCCUCCUCCCACGGCCUGACCACCACGCGCACGGGAGAGGUCGUGGUCACCAGCAAGAAGGACUCGGCCUUCAUCAAGAAGGCUGAGUCCGAGGAGCUGGAAGUGCAGAAGCCCCAAGUGAAGCUGCGCCGGACCGUGUCUGAGGUGGCCCGCCCGGCCUCCACACCACCCAUCAUGGCCUCUGCCAUCAAGGAUGAGGACGAUGAGGACCGCAUCAUCGCUGAGCUGGAGAGUGGCGGUGGUGGUGUGCCACCCAUGAAGGUGGUGACUCCAGGGGCUUCUCGGCUGAAGGCAGCCCAGGGCCAGGCAGGCAGCCCUGACAAAGGCAAGCAUGGCAAGCAGAGGGCCGAGUACAUGAGGAUCCAGGCCCAGCAGCAGGCCACUAAACCAUCUAAAGAGAUGAGUGGGUCGAAUGAGACCUCGAGCCCAGUCUCAGAAAAGCCCUCGGCUUCCAGAACCUCUAUCCCUGUAUUGACUUCCUUUGGGGCAAGAAAUUCUUCCAUCUCAUUCUAGAAGCCCCUCACACCUCCACCCCAGCCCGUCCCCCUCCCUUGCCCCUGCCAUUUCUCUUCCUACUCUUCCCUUCAUCUCCACCCCACCCCCACUCCAUUCUCCAGACCCUCCCAAGGGUUUGCCAUGGGCGUGGCCCUCCUCAGCUCUCUAUACCUAUCCUCUGUUGGUGUUUUUGGUUUUUUAAAUGAUUCACUUUUAAUUAUCUUUUUUUUUUUAAAGCAAAAUAAUAAAACUAAAAACCAAAACACACCACCUUCCCUUGAUUUCCUGUUCCAAAAUGGCCCACUUCCUGUCAUCGUCCGUCCCUUUUCUCUUUCCCCACUCUUCCUCUGGAGUCCACCCUGAAGUUCCUGCAUCCCACCCUCCCCCCCACCUUCCCCCAAAUUCCCAAGAGCACUCCAAACAAACUCUGAGCCACGGAGACUUGGAGCGGCAAGACACCCCCUCUCCCCUUCCUCGGAAUCCUUCCUGGAGGACCACCUGGACGUUGGACCAACCCCAAUCUCAGGCUGGAAAAUGGGAUGCAGGGAGCCUCUGGCCCUGGAGGCGCCCCAGCCGUUCAUCUGCAGGAUGUGACUGAACUCCGCUGCUCCUCUGCUCCCUUCCACCGCCCUGGUGGGCCUGGAGUCCAGAAGGCUGGGCUGGAGAGGGAGGCCAGAGUUUGAGGGGUCUCAGGGUGUGUGAAUCUGUGUGUCCUUGGAGAGGAGUUGGCUUCCUGGGAUGCCCUUCCUGUGGUGAGGAGCCGCCUGCCUGUGCCGAGCGGUGGAAGGGGCCCUUUUGGACUACUGUUGGUUGUGGACAGUGGGUUGAGCAGGCAGCCUGACACUGGGGACGCUGCCUUGGAUGGGGCAGCCCUGAGGAGGGGUAUUUGGUACUUUUAGUUUCCUAAUUUAGCACUUUAAAUAACAUUAACUUAUUUAGUGGGGGCGGGGUGGGCAAGA